AUGGCCCCACCCAUUUGUACCACGAGCAAUGGCGCCCCCAUGCCUCGCUACGGCCUCACGGCAUCUGCCACUGCUGGAGCAACAGGGCCCCUCUUGCUGCAAGACUUUGAGUUGAUCGACCACCUGUCCCAUUUCGACCGCGAACGGAUUCCGGAACGCGUGGUGCAUGCCAAAGGUGGUGGAGCGUUUGGGUACUUUGAAGUGACGCAUCCCGAGAUCACGGAGUACACGCGUGCCGACAUGUUUUCGAAAGUUGGCAAGCGCACGCCCGUAGCAGCUCGUUUUUCCAUCGUGACGGCCGAGUCGGGCAGUCCCGACACGAUGCGGGACCCACGUGGGUUUGCGCUGAAGUUUUACACGGAGCAGGGGAACUGGGACCUCGUGUGCAACAACACGCCCAUUUUCUUCAUCCGCGACCCCAUCCUGUUCCCGAGCUUUAUUCACUCGCAGAAGCGAUUGCCCGUGUCGCACUUGAAAGAUGCCAAUAUGGUGUGGGAUUUCUUCUCUCUGCGGCCCGAGUCCCUGCACAUGCAAACGUGGCUCUUUACGGAUCGCGGCAUUCCAAACGGCUAUCGCUUUAUGAAUGGCUAUGGCAGCAACACGUUUGCCAAUGUCAACGAAGCGGGUGACACGACGUACGUCAAGUACCAUUUCAAGACGGACCAGGGCAUUCGCAACAUGCCGGUGGACGAAGCGGCGUUCUUGGCUGGCGCUGACCCCGACUAUGCGAAUCGCGACUUGUUUGAAGCCAUUGAAGGCGGCGAGUUUCCCACGUGGACGUUGUACAUCCAGACCAUGACCUUGGAACAAGCCAAGGAGCACAAGUUUCUUGCGUUUGACGUGACGAAAGUGUGGCCGCAUGGGGACUUUCCACUGCAAGAGGUGGGCCGCCUCGUGCUGAACCAGAACCCGCGCAACUACUUUGCCGACGUGGAGCAGCUUGCGUUUUCGCCGUCGCACAUGGUGCCAGGAAUCGCGCCGUCACCGGACAAGAUGCUGCAAGGACGACUGUUUUCGUACCCGGAUACGCUGCGUCACCGCUUGGGUAAGAACUACCAGCAGAUUCCAGUGAAUCGACCGCGGAAGGAGCCGCAAACGUACCAGCGCGAUGGGUUGUUUGUGGUGAAUGGGAACCUGAAUGGGGCACCCACGUACUUCCCCAACAGCUUGGGCGGACCGGUCGAAGACGAGUCGCUACGCUACCACACGUACGAUGGGGAGCAUUCGGUAGUGGACAAGUACUCGUCGGCUUACGAUGACAACCUGUCGCAAGUACGGGUGUUUUACCGCAAGGUGCUGGACGAAGACGCUCGUGAGCGUUUGACGGACAACAUUGCCACUUCGCUCGUGAACGCCUCGAAACCAGUGCAGGAACGUGCGCUGAAGAACUUUAACGACGUGGACGAGCACUAUGCGCGCCGUGUGCGGGAAAAGAUGGAGCAAAUGGUGACGGCCAAGCAGUCGGUGCCCCAGUCGAAAAAGCACAUUACGGCGCCCCUGAAUCCGCCGCGCAAGGCGUUUACGCCGGUGGCACCGUAA